AUGUCUAAAUAUGAGCGUGGAACCAGCCGCGAAUACGUUGCUUCAAUUUACGGCGUCGAUGUGACAUCAUUGUCAUGGAAGGACAAUAAGAUUGUUAAUCUUGUUUCAACUUACAUCGGUAUGAAACCAAUCUUGAUGAUUGGUCAAAACGAAGAUUUACCUGCAACAUCUUCCUCCAUAAAACGUUACGACAAAAAGGACAAUACAUUCAAAAUGAUUUCCUGCCCAGAAAUAAUUAAAGAGUACAAUCGUCAUAUGGGUGGCGUAGAUUUACUUGACAUCUGUAUUGGUCGUCAUAAAAUCACGAUGAAAAGUCGUAAAUGGACCUACAGAAUGUUUUAA